UGAUAAUAAACGUUCCAACUGGUUCCCUCUCUGAACCUUGGAAACCGAAUUGUUUUCGAUUGUAGGCUUUAAAUGUUGACAACCGACUGCAAAUAUUUUCAGUAAUAACUGUUUGAUCGUAAGGUUCCGAAAUGGAAGAUGGAAAUGAAGAAGUUACCCAACCAGGAACAGAUAUUCCCAACGAGACGACGGAAGAUAAAUUGUACCCCCAAAUACAACACAUCGAAGAUCGUAGUACAGAUACCAACCUGAAAGUCGAUGAAAAUUCCGUGGGAGCAAACUCUUCUGCUGUGCCACUUUCAGGUUUUAAUUUUUGGGAUGUGAACAGUUACAAGAGAACUGUGAAGCGAAUCGAUGACGGUGCCAAACUUUGUGAUGAUCUUUCGAAACUUUUGGUGGAAAGGGCAGAAAUCGAAGGACUGUAUGCCUCAAAAUUACAAGGUUGGAGUAAAAAAUGGAAAGAUUUGAUCACUAAAAGUACAGAAUAUGGAUCAGUUAAAGUUUCCUGGCUGAACAUCACUAAUGAAGCUGAUCAGUUGGCAGAAAUUCACAAUGAACUUCAAGUCAGAGUUGGGCAAGUUAAUGGAGGUGUCCAACAAUGGAAGUCGUCAAAUUAUCACAAGGCCUUACUUAGCUGGAAAGAAACCAAAACUGCAGAGGAAGGUUUUAGUAAAGCUCAGAAACCUUGGGCCAAGAGAAAUGAUGAAGUGUUGAAAUGCAAACGGGCAUACUACCAGGCCUGUAAGGUCAGAGAUCAGUCUGAGAAGCUUUACAAGGAAGCCUGUGUGGAGGGAAGUACAGUCACAGAGGAACAAGUGAAGAAGCUGAAGGAUAAAUCAGAUAAAGCUGCAAAUGAUGUUCAGACCACAAGAGGCAAAUAUCAGGAUAGUCUGAGAGAUAUUGGAAAUUAUAACCCCAAGUAUGUAGAGGACAUGCGCUACACGUUCGACAAAUGUCAGCAGUCAGAAGAGGAGCGAAAGAACUUCUUUAAACAGACCCUCCUGAACUACUCUCAGCAGUUGUCGCUGUCACCGCAUUUCAACAGGAUGUCCAGCAUCUACACUGGUCUCAGUAAAGCAUUUGAAGCCGCAGAUGCCUCGGCAGAUAUUUCAUGGUGGUCUGUUAACUUGGGAUUUGAAAUGCCAACACGAUGGCCAGAAUUUGAGGAAUACACCGGGCAAGAAGAACAAACAGUUACGAUUUCGAAACAGCAACCACAACAGACGGCUGCCAAUCAAACAAAUACUUCGCAAGAAAAACAAGGUUCCCCUAGCACCAAGAAGAGUUCUGUUUGUGCAACAUUGUAAGCCAGUUGAAGCGAGAAACCCUUUCGUAGUUUUUUCAGUUAGUGUAACCUAUAAGUUCUGAUUAAUUUUAGUUUUUUUUUUUGUAAAUAAUUGCCGCGAGAUGCACUUUUAUUUGAUUAAGAUACUUCGUGGGUAGUCACGAAAACGGAGUGAUUAAGGUAGGAAUAUUCGCUCGAAUAAUCCGCUCGUCUUCCUGAAGAAGAUUUUUUUGGUAGCAGUAGCUCAUGUUUCAAGAACCUGAGAGAACGUUAUCACGAGCUUCAUGUGGCUCUGCAUUUGGCUUCCUCGCAGGAAAAUCAGUUCACGCUACUCCUCCUCUCGUGAGGAUCGAUUGCCGCAUCUAAGAAAACGGUACAAAUCCAGCCUUUAUCCCCUCAACCGGAUAAUCUGAUUACACGUUCAAAUAGUGAGACUCCUUAAAUCGAAAAAUAAAGCGAGCGAGCGAGCAAAAGAGGUGCGCACGAACUUACAGAAAAGAACUCUGAGGAAGUCUAAUCAGUAGCAAACGUUUACUUUUUGUUCAAUCUAUACUCUUGUUGUUAUUAACUAAGUUAUUCAUGGCUCCAAACAUGUCACAGCUGAUGAAUGCGCCAAAUCGGAUAACUGCCUUUAAAUGAACAGUAAAUGGUUAUAAGGGAAUUUAAGGGUAACCUUUUUUCUUCCAAAGUUUUUUUAUUCUGACGUGUGUAAAUACAGUUUGCGUCAGUAGCUGGCGGUUUUUUGUGCUCUUCACCGUUUCUCGCGGCUUCGCACCUUGUCACUUACAGGGCACAAAACGCCAGUUACGCAGGCGAAUGCAAAUUCUCUAUAUUCGGCUUUGUGUGUACUUUUUAAGUAAACUGGUUACAUAUAUCAACCAUUCCAUAAAUACAAGUUGACAGACCUCCUGCCGAUAGGUCUUCUACCCAAGGGCUUACCUGGGUUGAACAACUGCAGACACGGAUGUGAACAGUCAUGGUAUUCAAUGAACGGGAGAGAAAGGAUCGUUUUGUAAUAAAGCAAACCCAAACGAUA